AUGAGCACCAAUUCUCUUGUUACGCCACAAUGGCUUAUUCAGAACUUGAAUAAGGUCCGAGUGAUCGACGCCACUUACAUGCCAGCAGAUGCCUACGCUGCAGAGCACAUCCCAGGAGCUGCUCAUUAUGCCUUUGACUCCGCCUACUUCAAAUCAGAAUACAUCAAAUUCGACCUCUACCCACCAGAGGUUUUCCAGAAAUACGUCCGUCUAUUGGGUGUCAAUAACAAUGAUCAAGUAGUCAUCUAUAGUAGAGGACCUGCCUCCGGAAUGAUGUUUGCUUCAAGAGCUUAUUGGACGUUCAAGGUAAUUAUGUUCGAUUAUAUAUUUAUUCGUGUAGUUUGGAGAAGUAAAUAG